GACAGAAAAAUCCGAAGAUUUCACAAUGUCAACUCCCUCUUUCCAUAUGUUCCGAUUAGUCUUGGUAUGUUGUUUUUCCAUUCUUCUUCUCAUGUCCAUCUGCGUGCAAACAAUCUCAGCCGCUACAACCGACAAAGGUUGCACCAAAACUUAUAAAAAGUUCAUCAAAUCCGCCUGCAAUUCCACCACAUACCCCAAAAUCUGCUACGGAGCUCUCUCCCCAAAUGCAUCCGCCAUUAAAACCGAUCCCUACAAGCUUUGCAGCAUUGCCUUGUCCGUCACUCUAAAAGCCACAUACAAAGCAUAUUUAUCCAUCGAUGCGCUCUCGAAGAUGAGGGGAUUGAGUCGGUCCGAGAAAGAAAUCAUUGGCGAUUGUGCCGAAACUACAGAUGAUGCCAUCUACCAGCUGCAGAAAUCCUUGAAGGCACUGGCUCGUUUAAAAGGCUCGAAUCAUAAGGCUGAUGAAAUUAGUGAUUUGAACACUUGGGUCAGCGCAGUGUUGACGGAUGAGUACACAUGCACCGAUGACUUUGAGGGCCAGAAAGUAAGAAAAGAUGUUAAGAACACAAUCAAUAAGCGUAUGUUGUAUCUUGCCAAAUUGACCAGCAAUUGUUUGGCUCUGUUCAAGCUUCUGGACUGAUCAAGUAUAUUAAUGUAUUAUCAUUGAUAACUUCCAUCCUUUUUUAUUUGAUUUGUUUUUGAAAAAUAUAUGUAUAUUCU